UUUGAUUGAAGACUCUGUUCACGAAUUUGCCAACGCUUUCUUUGGCCUUUCCUUUGCGACUCCAAAAGUCUUUAUUAUGUGGUUAAAGAAUACAAAACCAGCGGCAUAUUUUAGAGCCUAUCUGAAAAGGUUUGUUUCUACCAAAUCAUGCCAAACUCAGAAUGCAGUAAGAGACGUUCGUGAUUUUGAUUCAAGGAGAAGCACAAACAAGAAGCUUACGCAAAGUUACUAUCAUGGCACGUCUCUCCAACCCCUCCUGGGGAACACUAUUGGCCAAAUGUUUGACAAGACUGUAGAGAAGUUCCCGGAUAGGGAGGCAUAUGUUUUCUGUGAAGAUGGAGACAGAGCAACGUUUUCACAAUUCCAACAAGAGGUUGAUCAACUCGCCGAGGGACUUAUUUCAAGAGGACUAACAAAAGGUGACCGGUUAGGGAUCUGGGCACCUAACAUUAGGGAAUGGCUGAUAACACAGCUUGCAGCAGCUCAAAUUGGGCUUAUAUUGGUUUGUUUAAAUACAGCAUACCAAGGACCCGAGACAGAGUAUGUGCUUAGAAAGGCAGGAUGUAAAGCUGUGGUGAUGGUGGACGAAUUCAGAACAGAGAAUUUUUACGAUACAAUGACAAGAUUGAUACCUGAACUGCCGCACGCAAAACCUGGAGAACUUCAGUCUGAGAGGUUACCAGAACUGAAAGAUGUCUUUGUUGUAAGCAAAAGCAAAAAAUCAUUCAGAGGAACUACAACAUUUGAGGAGUUGCUGUACUCAACAGGCGAAGGUGCCAGAAACCAAGUGAACCAUAACAAAAGCACUCUGCAGUUUGACGAACCAGCAUGUCUUCAAUUUACUUCGGGUACCACAGGACGUCCCAAGGGUGUGACGAUGAACCAUCAUGCUUUGGUGAACAACGCGUUCCUGAUUGGACAGUUCAUGAACUACAGUGAGCCAUCAAGAAUCUGCAAUCCCUGGCCUCUGUUCCAUUCUGGAGGUGUCACGGUUACCAGUUUGGUGAAUGUAGUUUGGGGAGUUUCUGUUGUCUACCCAUCCCGUGGAUAUAACAGUACUGCCAUACUGAAAGCGGUACAAGAAGAGAAAUGUGACACUUUGUAUGGAACGCCUCCGAUGGUAAUUGAUAUUCUUGCUCACCCUGAAUUAAAGAAUUACGACUUAUCGAGCUUAAGAAAAGGCCUGUUUGGAGCUACAUCUUGUCCUGAAGAAGUAAUGAGACAAGCUAUCAGUAAACUGAACCUGAAGCAGUUGACGGUAGCCUAUGGUUUGACAGAGACAGGCCCACUUGUUACUCAAACACCAUUCGAUGACCCUUUGGAAAGAAAAGUUACCACCGUAGGAAAGGUUUACCCGCACACAGAGAUGAAGAUUGUGGACUUCAAAGGAAACAUUGUGCCUGUAAACACGCCUGGGGAAAUAUGCAUCCGUGGAUAUUCUGUCAUGAUGGGGUACUGGGGAGAGGAAGAGGAAACUGAAGAUGUUAUUGAGCCAUCACGAUGGUUCCACAGUGGGGAUCUGGGAACAAUGGAUGAACGUGGAUAUGUGAGGAUCGUUGGAAGAUUGAAGGAUGUUAUAAUGCGUGGGGGAGAAAACGUCUACCCAGCAGAAAUUGAAUACUUUCUACACACUCAUCCUAAAAUACAGGAUGCACAGAUUAUUAGCGUGCCAGACGAGAGACUUGGAGAAGAGGUCUGUGCUUGGAUAAAGCUGAGAGCAGGAGAAACUAUGUCUGCGGGGGAGGUUAAAGAUUUCUGCAAGGAUCAGAUUGCUUAUUUUAAGAUUCCUCGGUAUAUCAAAUUCGUUGAUGAUUAUCCAAUGACAGCGUCUGGAAAGGUUUUGAAAUAUGUCAUGAGGGAACAAGCGAAAAAUGAGUACAAAUUUUAUGCAACGUAAUUCUGAGCAAAAAGGAUACAGAAAUUUUGUUUUAAGAAAGUAGUAAAAAUAGAACUGUUUUAACCGUGUACUUUUACGUAGAAUCUAUUUUAAUAGUUAUAUCUUCACGGAGCUUUUUUCUUCGACACGUACCUCAAACGAAAGUGUGUCUCCGUUAUUGUAUUCUUUUACAGUUCAUCGAUGCCAUUAAAAGUAAGUCUAAGAAA